UUAAUGAGGAAACUAGUCACACCUGUGACAGGUCCUUUAAAAGGAGAGGUGGAAGAGGUAGACCAUAACUUACAGACAACAGAGAGGGAGACACCCAGUGAAUCCCUUGGAACAGUGCAGAAGGAGACUAUCACCAUGGCGAUAUUGACUAUCAUUCUGCUUGUCAGCACAGCUUUUGCUCUGGGAGAUGGUAUGAUACGACCCAAGACCCCCUGUGAGAUUGCUAGAGAUACUGCGAUGAAAAACGUCAGGCCUGGGGUCUACGUCCCCAUGUGUGACAACGAUGGACAAUACAAACCUGAGCAAUGUUCAGGCUCUACAGGUUACUGUUGGUGUGUGAACAGUUCUGGACAGAAGAUCCCAGGUACUGAGACUCCACCAGGCAUUGCUCCAAUCAUAUGUUCCACCCAGAAUGGUACAAUACGACCCAAGACCCCAUGUGAGGAUGCUAGAGAUGCCGCGACACAUGGCCCAAUUGGCGCCUACAUCCCCACGUGUGACGCCGCUGGACGAUACACCCCUGAGCAAUGUUGGGGCUCUACAGGUUAA